AUGGAUUCUCCCAAGGUCACCAAUGCUGCCGAGAGGCCAGAGUUAUUUGACAUCGAUGACAAUCUCAAAGCUCCAAAUGACAAGGUCGAUAAUGAAGUUGCUCAAUAUGCGGGAGCCACACGCGUGGAGAUUGACCCGGAUACGGAUAAACGCUUGAAGACCAUGAUAGACAGGCGAGUCUUGGUUGUCAUGAUUGUUACAUACUUUAUGCAGGCACUUGACAAAGGAACCAUCUCCUUUGUAUCAAUCAUGGACUUCAACAAGGACACCCAUCUCGUUGGGCAGCAGUUCUCGUGGCUCACAACUUGUACCUACAUUGCCGUCCUCAUUGCCGAGUUUCCCACCAACAUGAUUAUUCAACGCGUCCCAAUUGCGAAAUACCUCUCGUUUAAUAUUAUUUGCUGGGGAAUCGUCCUUGGAUGCCACGCUGCUUGUCGUAACUUUCCCAGCUUGGUCGUUGUCCGCACUUUACUUGGCGCGUUCGAGACGUGCUGUCAGCCAAUUUUCAUUGUGCUAAGUGCUAUGUGGUACAAACGCUCAGAGCAGGCGGCCGCUGUCACUUACUGGUACAUGAUGAAUGGUGGCCAACAAAUCGUGGGUGGGUUACUCGCUUACUGCUUCGCGUUGAUCAGCAGCGGCCCCCUCAGAUCAUGGCAGGCUCUCUUCAUCGCCUAUGGUGGUGUGACGGUGCUCUGGGGCAUUUUCGUCGCGUACUGGCUGCCCGACUCUCCCAUGCGAGCCAAAUGCUUUACAGAGGGAGACAAGAGAUUAAUGGUGGAACGGGUUCGUGAGAAUCAGACUAGUUUGCAAAACAAGAAGUGGAAGCGGGAACAAUUCAUUGAAGCCCUGACUGACCCGCAAGCCUGGUGUUAUUGCCUGAUCUCGGUCUGCACGACACUACCAACAAGUGGUCUUGGCGCGUUCAAGUCCAUCAUCAUCUCGGGAUUCAAGUUCACAGUGUUACAAACACAGCUUUUAGCUAUGGUGCUGGGUUUCUACAUCAUCAUUGUCCUGUUCUCAACCGUUUGGCUGGUGAAAAAGACUGGCCAGAAUUUGCUAGUCAUGGGAGCUUUCGUUAUCCCAUCCUUCGCCGGAACGAUCGUCCUCAUGACUGUGGAGAACAAGAGCGAAGCAAGUCGUAUCGGCCUCCUGAUCAGCUACUACAUCACCCUUUCGUUCUGGUCUGCACAAACUCUGUCUCUUUCUAUGAUCAGCCGCAACAUCGCCGGCCAAACCAAAAAGGCCACAGUCGUGGCAAUGAACUUUAUAUCUUGGGCCACAGCUGCUGCCAUUGGUCCUCAAGUAUUUCUGUCCUGGGACGCACCACGAUACUUCAUUGCUUUCUCGACACAUAUGGGUUGCUAUACGCUCUUGGUCUGUGUUAUUGCUUUCUUGCGCUGGCACCUGAAGAGACAGAAUGGCAUCAAAGAUGAACGUGGCGAGCAGGAUCAGAGUUUUGCCAAUGCCUUUGAUGAUUUGACUGAUCGGGAAAACACGAACUUUAGGUAUAUCUACUAA